AUGAAUUCGGUAUUAAUCCUUUGGACAUAUAUGAUCACCCUAGCACACUCGUGCUCUUAUCUUUAUAACAAUACAAUAUUCCUAACUGGAACCUUAUAAGAAGUGAUUAAUGUUCCUCUUUCCUCUAUCUUUCAUUAUGAUAACUAUGAAAGACUUACUUUAGAACAAAAAAAUCAAUACUUAACAAUAGCAUCUCCUCUAUAAAAAUAUUCAGAAACCAUUUUUGGUAAUCUUAAAAAUGCAAAAACUGUUUCUUAUAAACUCCAAAAAAAUACAAAAAGUCGUGAUCCAAUUAAUCAUUUAACAAUUUUAGUAGUCAAAGAUGAAAUUUACUAUACAGGAUCAAAUGAUGGAAUUUAUUCAAUCUUGCCUGAUAUUUAAUAGUUAUAGGCUUUAAAAACAAAAAACUAAUCAAUCUGUCAGGAUAUAGUGUUUAUUUAGAAACUAAUUGUUGUAGAAUGUAUUGAAGAAUAAUAAAAUAAUUAUCUACUUGUGAUGGAUUCAAAUAAGACAAUAUAUUUAGAUAUCCAAAAUUCAACCUCAUAGUUCAUAAAACUGGAUUAAAUUGAUAAUUAUAUGUACAGAGCAACCUAAAAAGAAAUUUAAAUAUAUAUCGAAGAAGAAAAUAAUUUAAAAUUUAUAAAUUCUUUAGAUUAAGAAACUUUAAUACGACUCAUUUAAUAAGACUCUAUUAUAAUUAAAGACUUUCAAGUUCAUACAACUGGAGAACUUAGCAUAAUGAUUGAUACUGAUAGAAUUGUCAUUAUUGAAUUUUAAAAUAAUAAAUGGAAAUUAUUUAAUUAAAUAUUGUUUCCUCUUUCAUUUAAUAUUUAGGCGUAUGACUAUACUAUUGACUAAACUUAUGCAGCUAUUUCAAAAAACUAAAUCAUAUAUAAAAGUUAUUAUAAGAAAAAGCAAAUAGCAGAUAUAUAAAAUCAAGAUUCUUAAUAUAAAAUAUAUUUAACCUAAAAUAAUAUUCUUUUAUUUUACAAUAAGACUGUUAAGUUAUUAAAUGAAAAAUUAACAAAUAUAUAUAACUUACAAUUAGAUGAAGAGUAAUAUUUUAUAAAUACAAAUCAGGAUGCAUAAGGUUUUUUAAUAAUUACUGAUACUAAAAUUUCUGCUUAUGCAAUAAAUAAUUAUUAUUUUUUACAAUUAUCUAUAGAUUCUCCAAUUAAGGAUGAAUAUUAAAAAGCCACUUUAAUUUAAGAGGCUUACCAAGGGAAUUGUUCAAUAACUAUAUUCUAUAAAACUGAAGAUUAUUAAUGUCAAAAGAUUUUAUAAUCAUAAUAUUCUGAAGGUUUCAUAGUAGGUGGCAUAAAUACAGAUAGUAAUGUAAUCAAAAUAAAUCCUAUAUUUUAAGGUCCAAACAUACAAUAUUAAAUUGAGCCUAAUAGUUUAAUAGAAAUUUAAAUUGAAAAAUAUAAGCUUUCACAUUUUAAAGGUAUUUCUGAUUCUCCAACUGGGGGCUUUCAUAAAUUUUUUAAAGGAAAUUAAAAAUCAAGCUUUUAUCUUAUUUAAUAAGAUAUUGAUAAUAAAAUCAUAUAUUAUGAUUGUUUUUUUUAUGAAGAAAUGAAUUGCCAUUUCAUUUUUGACGAAGUUUAUUAUGAAAAUUUUUUAAAUAAAUCUCUAUGGUGGUCUGAUGGUUGGUAUAUUCACUAGGCAAUUUUCUAAAACAAAGAAGUUACAAUUAGCUGGAUAUAUCCUCCUUAAGACAAUUUGACAAUUACUUUAGAAAGUAAAGUAAAAUAGAUACUUAAAAUUGAUGAAUAGUUAGUCAUAUUAACAGAAUUAAAUAUCUAGAUAUAUGAAAUUCAUUAUUAUCAUUAUACUAAGCUAAUUAUUACUUUUGAUAUUGUUGCUAAAAAAAUCUAUAUGGUUGAAAAUUAACCUAAUUACAUCUUUAUUGAAUAAGACCAAAAUUUAUAUUUAUAUGAUAUUGAAGAAUAUUUGCAAACUCUUCUUUGGUAUACUACUACUUAAAGUUAAUAUUAAGAGUCAAAUUUAGCUAUUUUUUAAAAUCACUUUGUCAGAAUACUUAAAUCAAUCGAUGAAGAUUAAUAUAUUGUGUCAGUCUUUAAUUAUGAAAAUAAAAGGAAUAUCUAUUUGGAGAAGCAAAUAUCUAUAAUUGAUUAUUCAAAUAUUGUAAUAUCUAAUCUUCAAUAUUCAUUUAAAAAUAAUCUAUUUUAUAUUAAAGGAUAAAGUAAGAAAUCUGCAAACUAUUUUAUUUUAGUCUAUAAGGUUACAUCAAAUAGUUUGGAUACAUUAUUUACUAAGAUUUAAAUAGAACCUGAUGAAACAUUUUCUUUAUAUGGAGAUAUCCUUGAUGUUUGUCCAAAAUAUUAUUUCAUUACAGGGGAUCUUUAGCAUAAAGCCAUGCUCUAAGAAAAUUACACAUAAAUAUAAUACACAACACAGAUUCCUUUAAAUUUUAAUGUUACUAAUGAUUAAUAGGAUAAAAUUAUAUAAUAAAUUGCAGUAAAUAGCGUAUAUAGAGGUGAUAAACUUAUACAGUUAAGUGAUAAAAUCAAUCUAAAAUAUCAUGAGAUUAAUCAAACCAUGCAUUGUGUAGAUUUAGGUUAUGAUUGGUAUACAGGUUAAGCUUAGGAUAUUUAAGUAGAAACCCAUUUACAAAAUAUGUAUUUUUAAUUCGAAGCACCUCUAAAAUACGAAUUAGAAAAGAGGUUUUCUAGGGUUAUAUAAAUUAAAGAGCUUAAUCAGAAUUUUUUAAUAACAUUAGAGUAUGGUUUUCCAGGUAAUUUGAUUUAUAUUUAUAAAAAAGUUAAUUUUGAAUAAGUAACAAUUUUAUUCGAAAAUCAUUAAUUUUAAUCUAUUUUACUAAUAAAUGGAGAAAAUAUUUAUGUUGAAGUCGAAUAAGGAGACUAUCUUUAUUUAAUGAUCAUUUAAUAUAAAAAUGAAUAGGAUUGUGAAUUAUUGCAAUUCUAAUUGCAAUUGUAAUCAAAUAUCAAAAAGGUAUUUCUACAUCAAAACAAUUUCUUUAUAUAUGUUGGAAAUUAGGUUGAAAUUUAUGAUACAAAAGGAAAUAGUACCAAUUUAAAUUAAUUUUAACUAAUCUAAAUUUUGCCAUAGUAUGAAUAAAUUAAGUAAAUGGAAUUUACACAUUUAAAAGAUAAUGUUUAUCAAUUUAUUUCAGUCGAUAAUUGGGGUAACCCUGAAUUCUAAAUGAUAGAAAUCAAUGGAACAUCAACAAAGCAUUCCUAUGUAAGAUUUAUGAUUUCAUCAUUGAUUGCUGAAUAACAAAUAAAUUUACAAGAAAUUCAAGUAUCGGCUGGAUUUGUUUUAAGAAAAAAUGAGAUUACUAUAAUCUUUUAAAAUAGUGCAUCAUACUCUUUUAAUUAUGAAAUGGAUUGUUCAAUAAAUGAACUAUGCGAAUUAGUUAAGUUUGAAUUUAGUGGCUUAUAUUAAUAAUAUUUACAUUCCCAAUUGAGUACCUUUUAUUCUAAUGAAAACAUUCUCUUAUUGACUUAUUUUAAUCAAUUGUUAAUAUAUGAUAUGGAAAUAAAAAGUAAUAAUUCAAAACCUAAUAAUGCUAUCAUUAAUAUUUGGCAAUGUACCUAUGAACAAUAUAUUCCAGCUAUCAAUCUUGUUUAUUCUUUUAAUGGUAAAUUACAACUAUUUCAUGAAACGUAGUUUUAGAUAUAUAUUUUAUAUUCACUAAUGAGAUAACAUUAAAUAUGUAUAAGUAGCUUUUAUUUUGAAGAUGAUAUUACUUUUUAAUUAAGAUCAAAUGACCCUAAUUAGUAAUGGGUUUACAUGUAAGAGAGGGUUAUAAUAGAAGGGGAUAUUCCUCCUUCUCCUCCUCCUCCUCCUCCUCCUCCUCCUAAUCCUCCUGAAGAUUAAGGAAGCUUUCCUAUUUGGCUAAUUAUAGUAAUAAUUAUUGGUGUGCUUUUGAUAGGAGGAGCAUUAUAUAUAUAUUACAGUCAAAAGGGUAAAAAAGAAUAGGAUGAUAACUUAUUGUUAGUUAAUUGA